GAAUGAGACAUUGGUUUGUAAAUACAACAGAACUUCACAAGCAGAGAGGGGUGCGGCGCUGGUCCGGGAAAAGGAUCGUCCGCAUUUUUGCAGACGUUUCAUAUUUUCGAUACGCGCGAUCCUUAUUUUUUAGAACGCAAUUUGUCCGCAUUUACGAGGAUAUCCUCGUUUAUGCGGACGAUCCUCAUUCUCGGACCAGCACCCCUACUGACAAGUAAAGAUAGGCCAAUUGAUAUUGAGUACCAGAGUUUGUUGAUUGUUAACGUCAAUUGAAGGCAAAAUAAUGGCAUGGAAUUAAAGACAAAUCAUCUUCCAAUCUAUGUAACAGACAUUUUCGACAAACUUUCUACUGAAACAAAGAUUUCUGAACUGCCUGUGGAAUAUUGUGAGACUACCUUGGCCCAGAUUGUGGACAUUCACAGAUCACCAUGGCAACCGUUGGUUGUCAGCUCUGUAGCAACUCAACGGAGGCCAUCGAGUUAUACGAGAACAAGUUCCUGUAUCUUAAGCCGAUAGCCAAGAUCAAUAUUUCUGUGACUUUACCUCAGAUGAAGACUCCAGGGAAAUCAAUCAGCAAUUGGGAAGUGAUGGAGAAGCUGAAGAAGAUGGCUAAACCUGACUCUUUUCUUGUCCUGCGAGUCACCAAAAGCUCCUUGGAUUUCCUGCGCUUUGAGGCUGAACUCGAGGCCCGCUCCAUCAUCAAAGUCAUGAUCACGAGACUCGAUACCAAGAAUAUCAAGCUAAGCGGGUUCACGGAGGUCUUGAAAGUGCGAGCCGCCGAGGCAAAGCUUCCUUUCCCGAAUCGCCACGAUUGGGAUGUCUUCUUUCGUGAUACAAAGCACAUGAACGAGAACAAUCCAGGAGAAAGACCGGAUACCAUUCAUGUGGAGAAUCUUCCAGUGCGAUGGUUUGCCAUUGAUGUCGAACCGGACAAACCUAGUGAGAUCGUGGUGCGGAAUGUGUUCGGUACGAUUGGCGUCAUCAGGAACAUUGACAUUCCUAUGUUGGAUCCAUACCGACAUGAGAGCCAGGUGACGGGAGGGAACUUUGGCAAGAUCUCCAGUCUGGGGAGCAAUCUUACAUUUGAUGUCUAUGUGCAAUUUAUGGAAUACAUUGGCUUUGUAAAAGCCAUGGACACUUUGAAAGGCAUGAAGAUCAUGAGAAAUGGGCAUGAUGGCAAUGCCUAUACAGCUGAAAUCAAGGUUGACUUUGACAAGACGAGACAUCUAAGUGCAAAAGUAAUAAAGAAGAGAGAGAAGGAGCAGACAAAGUGGAUAGAACUGAUAAGAAAGAGGGAAGAGCAGAAAAGGUUGGAGAAAGAAGAGGAAGAGAAAAAGAAGGAGGAAGAAAGAAAGAAGAAGGAAGAAGCAAUAAAACUGAAGCAACUACAAAAGCAGAUGAAAACUGCACUGAAGAAGACUCGACAGACAGAACGAGAGGAGAGAAGGAGACAGAGAAGAGAGGAAAGGAGACUCCAUAGGAAGAUCAUGAUGGAGGAGAGAAAGCUGAUCCUAGCUCAGAGGAAACUGGAAUCCAUCCGUCUCCUCACGGUGCUCCUACAGAAAGUCCAGGCUCUCAGGCAGCAGGAGGAGGUAGCACAAAAACUCUAUGAACUUGAGAAGGCCCGACAGGAGCAGCUUCAGAAGGAGAAAGAGCAGAAAGAAGCGGAGGAGCGAAGGAGGAAGAGAGCCGAAGCCAGGAAGGAGAGGCAACUCAGACACAAGGAGAAGAAACUUCGAUCUAAGCUAAUCAACGCUCUUAAGACCAAAGAAGAGAAAGUUCAGGAGGAAAAACGUGAAAAACUCAGGAAGCAGCUGACUAAAACACGGCUCAAGUCCAGCAUCGUUACAGCAUCGUCUUCAACUCACCGUCCUACCGAGCCAGAACAGCCAUAUACCUUCCAAGCGCAGGUGAUAUCCCCAGAGGCUCUUCAGAGACUUGAGGAUUACCAUAGGAGUUUGGCCAUCUACCAGAGGCAGCUGGCAGCAUAUCAUAGGAAUAUGGCUCAGCAACCUUACUAUCAGAACAGAAACCAGCAAAAACGGUUUGGGAACUACCGGUCACCGUAUGGAACAUUCGCAAUGAAGAAGAGGCAAUAUUAUCAAGAUGGGAAAGAUGGAAAACAUUCACACAGAGGAAGAGACCGCUAUAGGUCCAGGUCUAGAUCUAGGAGUAGGAGUAGAACAAGAAGUAGGACUAGAAGUAGGUCUAGAUCGAGACACAGGACGAGGUCCAGGUCUAGAUCUAGGAGUAGGAGUAGAUCAAGAAGUAGGUCUAGAUCUAGACACAGGACGAGGUCUAGGUCUAGAACAAGAUCUAGGUCAAGAGGAAGGUCUGGGUCAAGGUCUAGGAAAUGGAAAAGGGAAAGGUAUAGGUCUAGAUCUAGUUGCAGAUCCAGGUCUAGAGGAAGAUCACAGUCUGAAACACGGGAAAGAUCAAGGUCAAGAUCUGGGGGAAAUUCUAAGUCUCGUUCAAGAUCUAGGAGUAAGGACCAAGAUAAAUCUGGGUCGAGAGAUACGUCGAGAUCAAGAGUUAGAAAAAUCCAGAAGUCAAAGAAAAAGUCCAAGUCAAGGGAUAGAUCUAGAGAUAGGUCCAGAGAUAGGUCCAAGUCGAAAGAAAAGUCCCGAUCAAGUGACAAAUCUAGGAACAGAUCUAGACAUAGGUCAAAAUCUGGGGAUUCCGGAGCGUCCGAGCCUCACAUAAAAGUUGAGGUUGACGAUUUACAUGUAUCUUCUGUGGGAUCCAAAUCUGGAGAAAGAGUUUCUUUGUCUCCUGAGCGUAAUAAUAAAGACGAAGAUGCUGCCAUGUCUCCUAGUAGGGCUAAGUCUGAGGAGAGGGUCACAUUAGGAAAUGCAUCCACCCAGGUUGGAGAAGUAGUUAGAUCAGGGAAUGUGUCAGAGGCCUCUUCACCACAAGGUGACAAAGCUUCUGUUGGGUCCAAGUCUGAGGACAGAGUCGGAUCUAUAAAUACAUCAGGGGCUUCCCCUUCUCAAAAUGAAAAUGAAGUUAAUGCCACCCAGAGUGGAGAAGUAGUUGGAUCAGGGAAUGUGUCAGAGGCCUUUUCACCACAAGGUGACGAAGCUUCUGUUAGAUCUGAGUCUGAGGACACAUCAGGGGCUUCCCCUUCUCAAAAUGAAGAUGAAGUUAAUGCGAGCUGGGCAUUUUGAGGCAUAUUUUUACAAGUGGGGGUGGAGGGGGGGGGGGGUGAAUUCAACACCCCCUUAAAUUUCAAAAAGUUGAACCGUAUGAGAACAAAAAGCUUUGCAUUUGUGUGCAUGUAUUUUUUAAUAGUAGUUGGCAAAUGACACCUGGUACAUUUUCACGAGUUGUAUAAUCAUACUGUGAUUCUGUAUAAGAAUACAUGUUACAUUUAGAAGAGCUUUAAACCAAAAUCAACAGUUAUUCAUGUUCAUAAGAAAUUUGGAGUAAAACUGCCAUUAUUUUGAGGCUGUUAGUGUGAAAGAGCAUGUAAAGAACGUUUUAUCAUACCUGUCUCGCUAUCCUUACUGUCAUCAAUUUUACUCUUUUUUUUGCCUCAAAACUUUUUAUGUACCAUUUCAGUACUAACCCUCACACAAGUGUGUUAAAAUGAGCUUUAUGAUGUCCUACUUGUUAUGCUCUAACUUGCCAUAGUGAUGAAUAUUUUUUAAUCCUUUAAUCCCAAUGCCAAACCAACUCCACCCUGACUCCAGACUGAGUGAUUCCUAGCCAUUGGAGGCAAUAUCAUCGUUUGAUCGGUCCGUUGUUGGUCAGGUGUCUGUCUCGUAAGUGUGACCGAGGUAUCAUUAUGCAGGGAAAUUACUUUGGUCCAAAAUAGCCAAAGUAGAGCUAAGAUGUGGUCCCUAAUCUCCCACUAUUUCUUUGUUUUAUAUGGCCCGCUACUUAUCAUGACAUUUGCUAUAUUCUUGUGUUGACUAUGCAUUGCUAAGUGUUUUUGAAGUCAGGUUGUGAGUAAAAGUGGAAAUAUGUGUUACAUGGGCAUUAUGUAGGUGCUAUCAGAACCAAAUAUGCAUUCUUCAUAGAGUUGUUGUACUCAACUCAGGCAGCUAAAGAAAAAGGGGCAUCAUGCUGAAAAUAGUAUUACUGAAGUCGUUUGGUGUUUUUAAGAAAAAUACUGUGGAUAAUAUGUGCAUUUUAAUAUACACAGAUAUUCGCCAUGAGAGAAUUCCCCACCCCUUAUGUUUUGUUUUGUUACAACAGGCAUUAUCAUUUUGUAAAAGCCGUUUUAUCUUGUAAGCUACCAUAGCUUCUCUCUCCUCUCUCUCUCUCUCUCUCUCUCACACAACAAAUGUUUUAUUGCUACUUUCAGUCAACUCUGUCAUUCAAAGAUAUAACGGGGAAA